AUGCCAUCGCGUAGUCCUGCUACGUUUUUACCGCACGAGAUCCUGCUCGAAAUUUUUACCAACAGCAUACCGCAGCCACACGAGUGCGAUCCUUCCAUAGUCCAGGGGCCCAACUCGUCUUGGCUGCUCAGAUGUCUGCGGACGAAGAAGUCGCUUCCACUGGUAUGCCGGGCGUGGCACGCACCCGCUACCGAAGUUCUAUAUACCGACGUUGUCCUUCGGCGCAUGGGGCAAAUUGUCGCGCUCGCAGAGACACUGCGCACGACCGCCCCUACUGUCUCCGAGACUCAGGACGGGCACACUUCCGCUGAGAGAGACCUCGCGAUGCUCAUCAAACGCAUCCGUAUGGACAACUUGGUCGUCAUCUCCUCGUGCUCCGUAGCCGUCCAAACCGACCUCGCGUACGUCCUCAAUCGGUCUACACGCCUCGCGGCCUUCGAGUUCCACCCAAACGGCGCAUACCGCAUCCACGACGACACCGAGCAGCGCGCCGGGAACUUUCUCGCCGAGUUCAACCCGGGAUGGAUGUUUCGGUGCACGCACGUCGAUCGCGGCGAUCAGCCCGCUCCUCCGAACCCAGUCGCAGACGCUUUCCAGGCGCGGCUCCGUUCGGGCAUCCGCGAGCUCAACUUGAUAUCUUCAGGCUACAUGAACCUCGCCUGGGAGUGCAGCGAGAUUAUCAUCCACAUCCAUGACAUCCUCCGCUCUACAGCAACCACACUCGUCUCACUCAAGCUCGGUAUACUUCGCGUGGACCGGUUUGGCACGCUUGACGAGCUGUACGCCGCACCGCUUGUCUUUCCCGCUCUCCAGGAGCUGUAUAUGUGCCCCGGAGAUGAUGCCUUCACAGAGUACGUGUGCAGGGCAUGGGUUCUGCCUCGUCUCACGCGGCUCACCCUGCUGCGCUGUCGGCCAGCAUGGCCAGACAGCCUGCUCACGGUGCACGGGCGGCGGCUCCUGUACCUUCACCUCUUCCCCGACAUCAUAGAGCACUCCGGCGAUGAUCUUAUGGCGCUCUGCGCACCCACCAAGCUCGCAGAGCAAUGUGCCGAACUCCGGCACUUCGUCCUCCCCGCGCUACCCUGGGAGCCCCUUCCGCUCCGCCACCCGUGCUUGCACUACCUCGACGUAUGGAGCGCGACGAUGGACCGUCUCAUCACUCCCGUCGACGGUGGUGAGGACGCUACCCCACACCCGUUGGAUCCCAGUGCGGCCCUGCGUGCGGUCGUCCUCAACAAAAGCGGAUGCGCCCUCCCUGCACUGCGCGGCGUGCGCCUGCUUCUCGCUGGGCAGCCCAACCCCGCUCAGACGCACGCCGAGUGGCCAACCGUGUGUGACCCGGAGGCAGCGCCCGAGCUGGAAGAUGGCGCGGAGGAGCUGCAGGUGCGCUGCCACUUGGUUUCGAGCGCGUGGGUCGUGCAGAUGGACUGGGGCGUCCUCGCGCUGGACAACCCGCUGUUCGGAGGGAGGAUGAGCGCGGUCCUGGCCAACAUGGGCGAGGAUGACGAUGACGAUGGUCCUCUGGGUGGCGAGCUCAGCGAGGGAACAGGCGAGGAGGAUUUUCUGGGCGGUGUCCAACCGGCCCGCGCUGCGCUGCGGGCAGUGUUGGAAGAGCAGGGGAUCGCGUACAGCGAGGCUGCGGCAGACGCGGACUACGUCCUGCAGGAAGAAGAGUCCGAAUCAGAGUCAGACUCUGAGUUGGAGGAGUGGGACGACGCGGAGCUCACGGAACUCCAGGUCCGCGAUGACCUCACAGACCGUGCCCCGCAAAUCGAUCGCGAUAUGGUACUGGAAGCGUUCCGGAGAGGCUUGCAAGCAGGAGUGUUAUCGGAAUUCGACGAGUAA